AUGAUCCCCUACAACGGCACGUGCAUCCAGCCAUCCACGGCAUCCAUCUGUCUGACCGCAUUCUGCUUUGGCAUCCUCGUCGCUUGGUCCUCCUACAUAUUCGCACUCGCAAUCGUCCUGCUGCAAAAGAAUGGAUCAAAAGCAAUCUAUAUAUUGAAUGUACUCCAAGCUGUACUGAUCCUCCUCAAGAUAUCUGCUGCGGCUGUAUACUCGAUCGGGGAUGACUUGUACUGCUAUCCAAGAUCAUGGCUGACUUCCAUCCCUGUUGCCGUCGCUAAUGAGUUGGUGUACGUGAUUCUACUCUUGACCCUCCUCGUCAUGACCCCAUUCAAGAAACUAUGUAUAGCCAUAUUCGCAAUCGUCCUAUCCUCCCACUUUGCUAUCACCGCCGCCGGCGUCGCUAUUGCCAUCCGCGCAAUAGACUCUUCGGCAAGGUGCACUGAUACUUACAAUGGCUUCUACAAGCAGCAGUACACACUGGAAGCCUUCCUCGAAGUAUUCACCCUCAUCAUGCUCCUCCACGCCCUCAAUGCAAUGGUAGGCCACGGCUCCACAAUCCUCGCCAAAACAGAAUCAAUCCUCAACGAAUUCAAAUCUAAUGCCGAAUUACGUGUCUAUUUGGUCCUAAUCGUCAUUGGGAUGAAGAUUGUUCAUACGUGGGCUUUCAAUGGAGGGUUUAUGAUUGGGAUUUAUAAUAGUAUUACAUUCACUCACGCGCUUGAUCUCGCUCGCUCUCAUAUAUGCUGCUGGGCACUGGAACGAGUCAAGCGACGUCUGCAAAUGAAGGCAAAGAGACCUUCUACUACUGGGUUUCUUCGACCAAUGGCUGGUGUUGAAAUCGCUGCUGAUUUUAGCCCGUCUCCUCAAACUAUUGAUUCGGUACGAGCGUGA